AUGUCGGCCGUUUCUCCGGAGCACGAUGCAGAGAAGACCCCUCCAUCUGUCCCGGUGGCCACAAUGGCCGCCGAGGCUAAUCGGGCUACGGAGACAGAGCACAAGAUGGGCCUUUGGCAGGGUAUACGUACAUACCCACACGCCGUGGGCUGGUCAAUUCUGUUUUCCUCGGCGCUUAUUAUGGAAGGUUACGAUAAUGCGCUGAUUGCUAGUCUGUUUGCAUACGGACCGUUCCAGGAAAAUUUUGGUGACAAAUUGGCCGAUGGGACGUACCAAGUGACGGCUGCGUGGCAGUCGGGUCUCACCAAUGGCGCCUUGGUCGGCGAGCUUAUUGGUCUACUUAUGAACGGUAUUAUUGCCGAGCGCUUUGGUUAUAAGAAGAGUAUUAUAGGGUCCUUGGUUGCAUGUGUGGCUUUUGUGUUUAUUGUCUUCUUUGCGAAAACUUUACCUGUCUUACUUAUUGGAGAAAUACUUAUCGGAAUUCCGUGGGGUCUUUUCCAGACUAUUACUACGACAUAUGCGUCUGAGGUGUGUCCGGUUGUGUUACGGCCAUAUCUGACAACAUAUGUCAACCUUUGCUGGGUGAUUGGUCAAGUCAUUGCCUCGGGUGUUCUUAAAGCAAUGGAGAGCCGCACGGAUACUUUGGGCUACAAGAUUCCAUUCGCACUACAAUGGAUGUGGCCCGUCCCAAUCAUGAUCGGCGUCGCCUUCGCCCCAGAGUCUCCAUGGUGGCUAGUCCGAAAGGGACGAAUCGAAGAAGCCCGCCACGCCCUCAAGCGCCUGACGACAACUGGACAAGAUCCCGACUUCAACGUCGACGAGACAAUCGCCAUGAUACGCAGUACCAAUGAACUCGAGAAGGAAAUUUCCGCGGGAACUUCCUACUUUGAUUGUUUCACGGGCAUCGAUCUCCGACGCACCGAGAUUGUGUGUAUGACCUGGGUCGCACAACAGAUAUCCGGGUCCGCGUUCAUGGGGUACUCGACCUACUUCUACGAGCAGGCCGGACUGGCUGCCAGUAAUGCGUUCACGCUGAGCAUGGUGCAGUAUAUCAUUGGUGCAAUUGGUACACUGCUAUCCUGGGCGCUGAUGGGCAAGUUCGGACGGCGCACGCUAUACGCCUACGGACUCGGCGCGCAGAUGACCGUGUGUUUCAUCAUUGGAUGUCUUGGUAUCAUCCACAAGGGUAACGUGGCAGCACAGUGGGCUAUCGGCAGUCUGCUGCUGGUAUACACGUUUUGUUACGAUGCGAGCGUCGGGCCGGUUUGUUACUCGCUUGUUUCGGAGUUGAGCUCCACGCGCCUGAAAGCAAAGUCGAUCGUCUUGGCGCGUAUCGCUUAUAAUGUGAGCGGUGUUAUUGUCAACAUUAUUACGCCGCGCAUGCUCAAUCCUACGGCUUGGGACUGGGGCGCUAAGUCGGGGUUCUUCUGGACUGGUUCCUGUUUGCUUUGUCUUGUAUGGGUCUAUUUCCGUUUGCCUGAGCCGAAGGGUCGCACAUAUGCCGAGCUGGAUUUACUGUUUACGCGCGGAGUUUCGGCACGUGAGUUCAGCUCGACAAUUGUGGACCCGUUCUCUGCACACGAGAAGGAUCAUGGAGAAGAUAAAAAGACCAUCGGGCCUUCUGUGGAGAUUGUGGAGCAUAUUUAG